AUGUCGUCCAAGAGGAAGAAAAACGAGAAUUCGGACGAAGAAAGUGAUCGAGUCAAGUGUCUGGAGACGGAUGUGCAGCUGAAAGAGGUGAACGAAGAGCUGGUGGAAAUAGCUGCGAAGAAUAGAAGGCUAGAAAUGCAAUUGAAAAAUGUCAACGAUGAACUCCUUCGAUCCAAGUCAGAGCUAAGUGCGAGAGGUGUUAUCGAGUGGCUUGAAAGAAGACAUUAUCGUGAAAUGCCGGCUUCUGUCAGACGGGGUCCAUCGAUAACGAUCACUUCACUGACGAAUUUCUUCGCGUUUCUUGUCGGAUAUUUCACACCGACUCCUGAGAUUCAACUCUUUUGCAUUGGGAAUGCGGUGGCGAUCAUUCUCGAUUAUCUGUAUCAGAUCUCAAUGUAUUGUUGUAUGAUCUCAAUCGGUGCGAGGAUGGACGAGAAAAACAGGGAACCGACGAAGGCACCAGCAAAGUUGGCCACACAAAAGCAUCCAGUUGUAGAUGAGCUGAAAGACUCUCAUUUCAUCGUGGCUUACUCGAGAUGGAUCGCCUCUCCAUUCACGACGAUUUUCUUCCUCUUCGGGCUUGUUGCUUAUUGGUACGUGACGGCUAAAGGAGCGCUACAGAUGUCGGUGAUUUUGUCAUCGAAAAGUUUAGUCAUCGAUGGAUCCGAGUUGAUCGCGAUAGAAAACCUCCGAGAACAAUGGGUGCUCCCAAACUACACGACGGUCAUCGUUUUGGUGAAUCGAGCUGGCAACCUCUCAUCACCGGAUCGUUUACAAAUGGCUGAUAACUUGAUCUCAACAUUCGAGUCAUUUCCUGAGGCGAUCGGCCCGGAAACAACACAUUAUUGGAUGAGAGAUUAUCGGAUAUUUCAAGAAAGUGCUAACGAGGAAUUCUUGGGAGAAGAGGAGUUUGAGGGGAAUUUGAUGGUGAAAGAUCCGUUCACGAGAGAAGCGAUGAAGGGAUUCCUGGAAUGGCCUGAGUUCAGACAUUGGACUGGUUUCAUCAAAUUUAAUGAUGAGGAUAGAUUGGAUCGCUUCAUGGCAACUGUUUCUUUUCACGGUGAGAAGCUGGGAGAAUUUAAUGUUCGAAAAGAGCUGCUUGAAAGAUGGCGAAAGGUUGUCGACAGUUUCCCGGCGCUGAACGCAAGCAUCUUCGAUGAUUUCUGCGCUUUCGUAGAUCAGACUGAUUCAAUGGUGCCGGCAACUCUAAGCUCUUCACUGGUCACUUUGAUCACAAUGCUAGUCAUUUGUUUUCUCUUCAUGAAUUCUCUCUUCACAAUCAUCAUCGCCACCCUCUCAAUCAUAUCAAUUUGUCUAGGUGUUUUCGGCUUUCUAGCUCUUUGGAAUGUGAAUUUGGACCCGAUUUCGAUGUCGUGUUUGAUCAUGUCCAUUGGAUUCUCCGUUGAUUUCCCAGCACAUAUUGCUUUCCAUUUCCACCGUGAGGGUUUAGAACAUCCGGAUUCUAAACCGGCUGAGAGGAUUGCAAGAUCAUUGCUUUCCAUCGGUUUUCCAUUACUUCAAUGCGGUCUAUCGACAGUUUUAUUCGUUCUCUGUUUGAUUUGCAUCAAGACUUAUAUGGGAGAGGUAUUCGUGAAGACUGUCUUUCUGGUUGUCUCAUUGGGUCUAUUACAUGGUCUCGUUAUUGUCCCAUCUUUCCUUUGCACUCUCUCAAAUCUUCAUUCAUUGAUCUGGAAGAAAAGGAAGGGAAAUGAAAUUGGAAAGCAUUCGAUCAUGAUUCGGGACAUGUGCGACUACAACUCAACAUCGACUACACCACUCAUCGGCAGUCAUCUCGAGAAAGAGUUGGCCGAUGGGGACUCGACUGCUUGCAUCACCAGCACGACAAACGAGCCGACACUUCCCACCUACUUGGUGGAGCUUCUCGACGAAAGACUCGUCUCAAGCAACCCGAGGGGCCAGUUCAGACACACGACCCGGCUAAUCAAUGAUGAGAUUGCUCGCAUUCUGAGAGGAGGUGCGACGUGUUACUUUGGUCGAGAAAAUCAUGGUGCCCGUCGACAAAUAUCCAAAGUACAACUUCGUCGGUCGCAUCCUUGGACCACGUGGCAUGACUGC